AAUUAUAUGUAUCCAUACGUAAAACGUAAUUUUAUUUUGCUUAAUGCAUAUUUGUUUUAUUAACAGGUCAGCAACAAAAAGGAAAUGCCGCAGAUGGAACUGCAAAAACAGCCGGCCAGCAACAAGGAGGACAGGUCGUAGGUGGCUAUUCUACAACAAACGAAAAGACUGGAUCGAAAUCAAAACUGUCACAAGCUUCAAAGUUUUCAAGAGGGUCCAAGACAUCAAAAGCAUCAAAGGCAUCAAAAUAUUCAAAACAAAAGACAUUUGCUUCAAGAAAAGGUUAAUUAGAAAAACUGCAUCGAAAUCGAAAUCAAAAGCGUCAAAGGCAUCAAAAGCGUCAAAGGUAUCAAAGGCGUCAAAAGUGUCAAAGGAAUCACAAGCGUCAAAGGCACCAAAAGCGUCAAGAGCAUCCGAAGUUUCAAAGGCAUCUAAAGCGUCUAAGGCAUCAAAAGAUUCAAAACAAAAUACAGUUGCAUCAGGAAAAGAAAAGACUGGAUCGAAGUCAAAAGCGUCACAAGCGUCAAAGGCAUUAAAAGCGUCAAGGGGAUCAAAAGCGUCAAAGGCAUCAACAGAUUCAAAACAAAAGACAGUUGCAUCAGGAAAAGGCUGCUGUAAUUAUAACGAAAAAUACCCACUUCUCAAUAUACUCAUCUUCCGCAGCCUAAUCUACAUGUUCCACAACCAAAACCUGUACGAAGAUAUUCAAGCAAAAGGUAGGAUGCAAGUUCUGCAAUAUGUCAAGGAAGAUAUUGCACUUCUGGAUUAUUUCUGGCUAUGUAAAAUAAUCUUGACAACUGGGACAAUUCAAGAAAACCAUAAAAGUCAUAAGAAACUAUUAUAAGAUUUUCUUCAUCCGACUAGCUAAUUGCAGUGUAUUAAUAAAAUUAAUUAAUGAACCUUUAGAUUAAUGUAAACUUCAUAAGUUGGAAUGUGUUGGAA